AUGCAGGAGUAUAAUGUGAAGGUGAUGAUGAGUCGCAACGUAUUUCUGGUGGACCUGGUUGAGGAAAGUAUUGGUCGAGUAUUGAAAGUGGAUUCCAUUGAAUCAGGCAAUAAAGAUUGGAAAGGCAUUGAUGUUUUGAUUUUUGAUUCUUGGCAUUGGUGGCUUCAUACCGGAAGGAAGCAGCCGUGGGAUUUCAUUCAAGAGGGGAAUAAAACGUACAAGGAUAUGGAUCGGUUGGUGGCAUAUGAGAAGGCAUUGAAAACAUGGGCCAAUUGGGUCGACAGCAACGUUGAUCCUUCAAAAACUAAGGUUUUCUUUCAAGGCGUGUCUCCGGAUCAUAUGAACGGAAAGGAAUGGGGAGAAGCAAGAGCAAAGUCAUGUGCAAAUGAAGAGAGGCCACUGGAAGGACACAAGAAGUAUCCAGGAGGAAGCCACCCAGCAGAGUUAGUGGUAGAGAGAGUUCUGAAAGAAAUGUCAAACCCUAAUUUAGUUUAUCUACUCAACAUCACCGCUCUCUCUCAGCUCCGAAAAGACGGCCACCCUUCCGUCUAUGGCCACGGUGGCCACCGUGACAUGGACUGUACCCAUUGGUGCCUCCCCGGUGUUCCUGAUACUUGGAAUCAACUCUUAGCACGCACUUUUGGAUCAACCAGUAGAGAAGGAGGAGAAUUAUGA